UUCUGAGUCUGCGCAGGCGCAGGCAGUUUGUUGUGUCCGCCAUAUUGAACUGCUCUCAGAAGGAACGUAUCUUUCGUCGAGGACCCGUUUUAAAACUCAAUUUAAACAAUUUUCUAAAUUAAUUAGUGUUUUUAAAUUAUGUCUGAUUUGUAGUGUUUCCUGCAUAGUGAGCAAUGGGGAAGAGAUAUUACUGCGACUACUGUGACCGCAGUUUUCAAGACACCCUACACAACAGAAAGAAGCACCUAAACGGCGUCCAGCACCACCGGGCAAAAAAAGCCUGGUUUGACAACUUCAGAGACGCUGCCACAGUUUUAAAUGAAGAGCGGACAAAGGAGCCCUGCAGAAAGUUUCUCCAGACAGGACAAUGUGUAUUUGGUACAAGCUGUCGUUUUUCACACAUGUCUGAGAGACAUAUGAAGAUGCUGGAGCAAAAGAUUGAUGAUGAAAAGCGGCAGAAGGAAAACCCUGACCAAGAUGGAUCAUCUACCGUGCGCAGCAUUGAUGAAUGGCUUUCCAGAAGAGAGAAGAAACUGGCUGCUUUGACAUCAGGAAGAGUUUUAAAGAUGGAAGAGGAAGAAUGUGCGGAAAACAUUGAGAUACCUCCAUAUUUACUGUCUAUUCCAGAUCUUCCUCCAUCUCUUCAUCCUCCACCAACUGGUGGUUGGAGAGUGACGCAACACAACGAAUGGGGUUGAAAUAUAAUUUAUAAAAGUUAUUUUUUAAUUAUUCCUUUUUUUCCCUUCAAUUACAUACUGAUAACUAUUAUCAUUACAAAGCCCUUGUAUGUAAUUCCUUAAAGGUAUAGUUCACACAAAAAUAAAAACAAAAUUGCUGAAAAUGUCCUCACCCUCAGGCUGUCCAAGAUCAUUUUGUUUGUUUUUUCCUUGUGAUGCUAAAUUUCUCCAAAUAUGUUCUAUCACUUGCUUUGCAAUAGGUCCUCUGCAGUGAAUAAGUAUUGAUCCAUUAGUAAACAGCAAGUGAUGUAAUGCUAAAUUUCUCCAAAUCUGUUAAAAAAAAAAAAAAAAAAAAAAAAGCUCUUGGAAGGCCCGAGGGUAAAGACGUUUUCAUCUAAUUUUCCUUUCAGGGUGAACUGUUUCUUGUAGGGAGAACAGUGUGUAUGUUCGUAUCAAAUUGUAUGGCUUAAACAACAAUCAUGUUUUGCAAGAAUAAAGAAGUUUACAUUGUGGAUAGAUUUAUUUUGAAUAAAAACAGUGAAUUGAA